CAAGGGUGAGUUGUGAGCUUCCUGCAAUGGCUACUGUUGAAUCCUGACCCUCUGGCAAGAGGUCUGGCAAGAUCUAGACUCAAAUCCCCGCCUGCACGGCUGCACCCCUGGGAAGUUCCUCCAGGCAAGAUGCCAGUCAACAAUACUGCUCUGCCCCUGAGUAGCAUCACCUACAUCACUGUGGAGAUUCUCAUUGGGCUCUGCUCCAUCGUAGGGAAUGUGCUGGUCAUCUUAGUUAUCAAGUUGAACCCCAGCCUGCAGACUACAACCUUUUAUUUCAUCAUCUCCCUUGCCCUGGCUGACAUCGCUGUGGGGGUACUGGUGAUGCCCUUGGCUGUGGUCAUCAGUCUCGGCAUCACAAUCCACUUCUAUCACUGUCUUUUUAUGACCUGCCUGCUGCUGAUCUUCACCCAUGCCUCUAUCAUGUCCUUGCUGGCUAUUGCUGUGGACCGCUACCUGAGGGUUAAGCUCACUGUCAGAUACAGGAGAGUCACUACCCAACGAAGAAUCUGGUUGGCCUUGGGCCUUUGCUGGCUGCUGUCAUUCCUGGUGGGACUCACUCCCAUGUUUGGCUGGAACAUGAAACACUCCUUAAGGAAUGAAAGCAAUGGGACCACCCUUGUCUGUCAGUUCCGUUCCGUGGUCAGUAUGGACUACAUGGUCUACUUCAGUUUCUUCACAUGGAUUUUAGUCCCUCUGGUGAUCAUGUGCAUCAUCUAUCUUGACAUCUUCUACAUCAUUCGCAAUCGACUCAGCCAGAACCUUUCCAACUCCAGAGAGACUGGGGCCUUCUAUGGGAGAGAGUUCAAGACAGCCAAGUCUUUGUUUCUAAUUCUUUUCCUGUUUGCAUUGUCCUGGCUGCCUUUGUCCAUCAUCAACUGUAUCACCUACUUCCAUGGAGAUGUGCCACAAGUUGUGCAGUACUUAGGCAUCCUGCUAUCACAUGCCAACUCCAUGAUGAACCCCAUCGUCUAUGCUUGCAAAAUAAAGAAGUUCAAGGAAACCUAUUUCUUCAUCCUCAAGGCCUAUGUGAUCUGUCAACCAUCUGAGUCUUUGAGCAUUUCACAGACUUCUUAGUAAUGACCCAGGCAUCGCACUGUCCUCUUGAUUUCAGAGCUGUUUCAGUGAACAUUCAACACUGCUCCUGGGCUCAAGACUUUCCUGUCACCAUUCCCUCCAAGGAUGUAGGGACAUUUGGCUG